GAAUCAACAUGGCGGCUUACCAGGAUGUUGUUGCACCUCAUCAAGACUGGCCCGUAAGUUCUGUUUCAUGCUGUGGUUAAAAUUCUGUUACGAUUUAUGCUUCUGAAGCUAAUAAAUGUAAUAUCUAAAAUGUGUCAGGGUCGUACAACGUAAACAUCGAUAAAGGAAUGUCACUCUCGAAGCUGUCGAUAUGUCCAGACACAAACGUAAUUCUGCCCUGCUCCAUACCUUUAAAUGAAAUAUCUUGUUUUCCAUCAUCCUUUGAAUGUCACCUGAUGUUUUUCUUUUCUUUUCUUGGGGCUGAACAAUGUUUGAGGCUUAAUAUAUAAUGUCUUCAUAAGACGAACUAUGCGGAAGCUUGGCGUAAAUUCCUCGUGACGUCUGCUCCCAAGAAAGUUACGCUAAUGUAUUCAAGUUCUUUAUUUGCCAAUGAACUUUUCACCUUACAGGCAACUGUCAUGGCUGUGGAUUGUACGGGCCAGUUUACUGUGCUAGGAUCGUAAGUGACUGUGAUGAUUUUACUUAUAUACUUAUACACCCCCAACAGCCAGCUGUGAACCUGUAAAACAAAAUCCAGCUUGUCCAGCAUUUUACAUUAGGCCUAAAACUUAAGAUAUCCUCAAAUUUUUCAAAGGCAGUUAAGCUUUAGCUUUACUGUCACUUCACAGCAAAUACCAUCAGUUGCAUCUAAGCGUGGACGUUGGUUAAGUUGUUUACAUGUUUUUGAUCAGCAUGUUCCACUCACCUUUUAUUUUUCUCAAUUUUCAGUAACAUUUUUCACCUCAGAAACAGCAUAAAAAACAAAUCAAUUCAACAAACAGCUGCCUAAUCUGCACGUGAACAUUCGUCCAUUGACACCCAAAACUUCCACAGUUUGGUGGCGAAACAUGUCCUGUUUUCACCCAAUAAUUAGAACGCAUUUUUCCGUCAUGUGUACACACUUAGAUGCAACCAAUGGUAUUUGUAUUUGUAACUGAAACAAAACAAUGAUUUGCUUCCAAAAUCAAGGCCCUCUAGACUAGUGGGUUUCAAUGCUGAUCAUAGCUAUUUCUUUUCACAGGAGGAAGGGACUAGCAUUUGUAGACUUGAAUGCUCCAAAUGUAAUCACCAAAAAAGUAACAAGGAACAGCAAAUGGGAAUGUGGAGCAAUAGAGUGGAACCCUCACCUUUCGCAUGCAAAUAUCUUUGCCAAUGUGGUUAGUAUUUUUGCCUAGAACUUCCUCAUGGAUUCAUAUUGUUUUGACCACUAUAAUUUUGUACUUGAAAGUAAGUAGCAUACCCACCUACCCACCUGCCUACCUUUUUUUGCAGUCAAACCAAAAGACAGAGAUUUGGUCCUGGAGAGAUGGCAAUGGUUUACAGCAACAAAUUCUCAGAGGUCACACAAGAUCAAUAAGGUAAUUGUGCAUACCCACUUUUCAUUUAUGAGUGCAGAAAAAAAAGUGUUUAUCAUUUUCAGGGCUGUCACUCUUUUUUGAAAAUAGCUGGGAAAUUGAAAAUAGUAGUGGGGAAUUUGAACUUUCCUUCUAGUCAGUGUAUUGAAAUUCUACAAAAUGAAGUUAGCGCUUAGGCAUUAAGGACAUCCUGCUUUAAAUAGAAAUGGUACAAAUGUCUUACAAUCAUUAAAAAUUUCCUUAUACGUGGCUUAACGUAAUUUAGGCAAAGUUAACCUCAAAGCAAUGCUGGUCAGCAGUCUUUCAAACUAUGCUGAGGGUGGCCCAAUGCCUCCAGCAGGGGCACCUUGUGACUUGUAUACAUAAUUGCUGGCUUGCAGUUCUUUGUAAAGUAUUGGUGAUGAGUUUAACUAAGGAUCUGAAUUUUCUUGGUCUGCUAAAUUUUUCCCCUUUGUUCAAUUUUUUUUUCAUUGUUAUAUUAUUAAAAAAAAGUAUGGUUAUUCAGCAACAUUAUUAUCCUCUAGGAUAUCCUCAGUCAUUUGACCUUUUGUAUGUUGCUGCUUUUUUCCUUUCUUUGUUUUCAGUGAUCUCAACUGGUCCUGGUUUGACCCUCACCUUCUCUCCACCUGUUCAAUGGAUCAGUUCAUCUACAUAUGGGACUUGAGGUCAGAGGGAGGUGUAGAUAAUAGCAAAGGCAGCAGAACGGGGGCACAGGGGGGUCCAUAGCCCCCCCAAACAACUCAGUGGGGUGUCAUAUAGCUUUCUUCCAAAAUCACUAAAAGCAGAGUGACUACUAAAGUGUGAUAGACAUGUUACUUUAUGUUAGCUAUCCUUCUAAACCUAAGCACUCUCCAAACAGACUUAUAAUCCUGGGAGGGUGUAAUCCCAUAUAAAAGUGACAGGGAUGCUUGUCUGAAAAUUAAAAUACAUUAUUAUUGAACCUUGAAGGCGAGAUCAAUGUGGGUGUGGCUCAAGCUUAAACUGACCCUUAAAGGAGUCCAUACUAAAACGGACACUGCAUUUUUAAGAAAUUUCUUCAUGUACAGCCCUAAUUGAUAACUGAAUGGGCAAAUAUAGUGACUUUCUGUUCUAAACACCCUAAUCGAGACCAAAAUCUGCAAUUCACAUUCCAAAGUGAGAUGAGGAGUAUCCCUCCCCCCCUCCUCGGGUUCAUAUUCUCAGAUAGGCUAAUUUUGGAACAAUAAUUGUCACAUCAAAGAUGUACUGGUGUCUGUUGGGUGGACACAGUAAGGCUUGUUACACUACAAGGAUUAUUCCUCAUUCAUUUGUGAACAACUUACUCUGAAGCAAUCGUCAUCAAGUAUUUAUUUUGUAACGUUUGUUUGAUUUGUGCAAUUCAGUACUGCUAAUAUUAAGCUGGUUUUCACCAUUUUAUGGUCAGUUUGCAAGCAAAGAUCUUAUGGUACUUUCUUAUCCAGGUGAAAUAUUUAAAUUUAGCUUUUCCUUUUCAUACUAUUUUUAGAGAUAGAAAGAAGCCAGCUAGUUCAUUGCAAGCCAUUGGUAAGUAUUUAUUGUUCUAUUUCUCUUACACAGGUGUUACAGGUCAAAAUUUAAUUUCAGGGCCAAGUUGUUCAAAGCUGGGUUAAGAUAACCCAGGGUUAGUGCGAGAUUUGAAUUUAGAUUUGAAAGCUCAGAAAGCAUUUCAGUUUUAAUUCUUUUUGUCUACAAGUUGAUGAUUGGAAGCUCUAAAAAUAGCACAGAAAAUUAUCCGAGAAAAUGCUUUUGAACACAAGAAAAAUAAACCCAUGUACUUAAAUUUAACCCUUGGUUAAGCGCUAAUUGGCCUCCAAACAACUGGGCCCAGGUUAAAAUUUUUUAACCUAGUUUCAUUCUGAAUUUCCUUUGUCUCCUAGCCCUAAAUAUUAUUUAUAAUUUAGGGCUAGAAGACAAGGGAAUUUAAGAAUCAACCUAGGUUAAAAAAUUUCAACCUGAAUUUAAUUUUAACCUGUAACACAGACAUCAGUCCCCUAUACAGAUCGAUCAAUUUACUUUUGAGGGGGCUAUGUCAAGAGGAUAAGUUUCAAUCCAUGUCCAUCCUUGUCAUCCGUUGCAACAGAUGACAGGAAACAGUUUAGAAACACCCUAAAUAUAGUCUUAAAUGACAAAAUUGGACCUUUAUUUUUGGAAUUCAAUUGAUAUGAAAAAAGUUAAAUAGCCUUGUAGAAGAGUAGCAAAUAGGGUGUCAUAGCCCUUUACAGGGAUGUAGCUUAAAUUUAUAACAGACGAGAAGUGGCAUUUGAUGGGCAGGUAAUAUGAGAAGAAAACAGUUGCCUUUUUCAAGACUGCAAUUUUAAUCAGCCAGAAAAAAAUAUUAUUUUGAGAACCGGGUAUUUUCCCUGGCUCCUGGCUAUUAUCGACAUCCCUGCCUUUAAGUGCCUUAAUUUUACACUGCCUUUUUAUGGAAGCUCACUAUUCCAAUGUGCAAUUUUUUGUGACUAGAUAAACAGAUCUGUGCUUGUCUCAAAUACAGUGUACUUGGAAGCUGAAUGUAUUAGUGCUGAACUCAUGGUGCUAGCAGUAACUUUUGCUGGGCAUAACUAUUUCCUAGUUUCUGUUAAAAUAAUAUUGUUCUGAUUCUUAAUAGAGUUUAAUACAUAGACUUAAGUAAACACAUUUUUUUGGUUGUUUCUAAAUAUUCAGAGCUUUCAUUAAGUUUUGAAGCCGCUGUAGCAAAUGAAGAUUCACCCGUAACAUCUCACAAAAAUUUACAGUGUCAUCUUAAGCUUUCCACUUUGAUCACCUGUAACAUCAAGUGAGAUGACGUCCAUAACAGGUGUUUUUUAUUAUUAUAGUUGGUGCCUCACAGGUUAAGUGGAACAGAGUAAAUCGUCAUGUGCUUGCUACCAGCCACGAUGGUGACGUUAGAAUCUGGGAUCUCAGGGUCUGUAUCGCAUGUAUCAGGUGUUACAUCUGACUUCAUUGUUUCUGUAACAACCUUUCAUAAAUGAAACACAGGCUUUUGUAAGUUAUUUGAUGUUUCCUGUUGUUAACAGAAAGGUAACACCCCAGUGGUGUACAUCACAGCUCACUUAUCAAAGAUCCAUGGCCUGGACUGGUCGCGUUCUUGUGGUACAACUCUAGUGACAUGCAGCAAUGAUGCUACUGUAAAGGUGAGCCUAAACUAGUGUUCUCCAGAAAAUCUGAAGAGGACGGAGAAAUCAUUGACGGCAAUAGAUACCCAGACACGCGAGUGCCUUUCAAUCAUAGGUAAGGAAAUCGGAAUUGCUCCCUCCUCCACUGGCAGAGUCUGGGUUCCUUCUGGGGUGGCCUGUGCCACAGAUGGAACUUAACUUCUGGUUAUGUCUGAGUGCGAAACAGCUAUGAGAUCCUCGUUCUGGGCCCCCAACUGAGUACCAGGAUUUGAGCAUACACCAUGAUUGACCUGUUAAAAAAGGCACUGUCAUUUUGCCAGUCAGGUUGAAGGGAAGUUCGAAACACACUUCCAGUAAUUUGUUGAGUCCACAGGGGACCCACAACAAGGAUAUCGGUAAUACUUCACAGACGUUACUAACUGGGGUUAGAUUAUGUAUGCAACGUAGGCUACUUCUGGGGUUAAGCUGUAAUUUUGGGAUCCCAGGAAAUUGUAUUUCAGUGCAUUUUAUGCAACCAGGAUAAGGACUUGAGCCUUAAGAUUUGUAUCUUUUUUUACCCAAAUUUGCUUUGUUUCACCCACCAAAGCACUGAGUAGUUCAACUUUACUUUGUUUAAUAAAAACCAUUCUUCUGGUCGCAAUGUUUUUGUUUUUGUCCUGUAUUUCUUUUAGUUGUGGAAUACUGAACAGCCUCAACAACCAGAGAAUACGUUGAAUGCAAAAUGUCCGGUUUGGAGGGCACGAUUCACUGUAAGUUUCCUUUUAUAUUUCUUGCUGUCAGAGUAAUAUUUAAUGAAUUUUAAAUUCUUAAAAGAAAAAAAAAUUAAGGAAGUAAUGAUUCUAGGGAGGUUACAAAAACCACAACUGUGAUGUGAACAUCACAGCAAUUAAUAGGUUUAUGACUAGAAAUUCAUUUCUCGCAAACUGAGAAACUGUAAAGUCCUACAGUUCUUAGCCCACUGUUCAUUUACUUUGCAGCCAUUUGGCGAAGGCCUUGUUACAGUGACUGUACCUCAGCUGAGACGAGGAGAGAACAGCUUGUCAUUAUGGAAUAUUCUAAACAUGAACUCACCCAUUGCAUCCCCUGUUAACACAUUUGUUGGUCAUAGUGAUGUCGUGUUAGAAUUCCAGUGGAGAUCUCAAAGGCUGGAUGGUGAGCGCUUCAGCAAUUCAUUAACACAUGGGUGGUCAACAAUUUGCGAACUGGCUGGAAGCCCGUUGUUACGUCGUGCUCAUACUAAAAACGUUAAUGAUUCUCUGAUCAAAUCGAACCUCAUUAAUAAAGACACCAAAGGCACCGAGCUACCGUAUUUAUUCGAAUAAGCGCCCAACCUCGAAUUAGCGCCCACCUCGGAUAAGCGCCCAUCCUAAAGGCAGAAAAAGUUAAUAAGCGCCCAAUCCCACCCCACCCCCUUUCCCCUCACACCCUCCAAAAAUUGAAUAAGUACUGGUGAGAGACUUCCCCGAAGACGGAGUUUUCUUCAGAGUAUUUUACAGAAACCUUGCUUUGUUACAUCUUCGCGUUUUGUUUUUACUAUUUAUUGUUUUGUUGCAAAAUAAACGUACUACACUUACUGAAAAUGUUGAAAAUUUAAUAAACGCCUAGCCUCGAAUAAGCGCCCACUUUCAAGGUCCAAAAAGUUAAUAAGCGCCCAGAGCGGUUAAUCGAAUAAAUACGGUACUUGUCUUCAUUGUAGCGGUAGGAAUUUAUGAAGUUUUCGUCCUGUUUUCUGUUGAGUCUACAGAAGCCUUAGCUUUUUACUUUUCCGUGUCAUAUAUUAUCUUAUUCUUCAUGAUAAAUCGUAUUUCGCACACCUGCUCAAGGCCACGCCACUAAAGAUUGCUAACUUCAGUUGCUUCCAAUUUGACAACUAAUAUUUUCUCGUUUAUUCAGGCAAUAACUUGACCCUUUAAUUUGUUUAUCAGAUGAUGAACAGUUUCAACUCAUUACCUGGGCCAAGGAUCAUUUUCUUAGACUGUGGGCAAUUGAACCGAGAAUGAUCAUGGUAAGUAUUAAAAACAGUUUCACGGGAUAGUUCACCCAUUUUCAGAAUCGGGAUUAAAUGCCCAGUUUCUUCUUAAGGGCUAUUGAAAAUCUCUUCUUCUUUUGUUUGGGCUUGUACUCUGCAGGGUAGCAGGGUUUUUUUGCAACAAUUUGCACGAAUUCAAUCAGAUUUCAUUAGUGUGCAACUUGUUGCGGCGACAAAAUUCUGUUGCGGAGACAAAGAUUUUCACAAAAAUUCUCCAGUACGCACGAGGCGAUUUGUCGCUGCGACUUCUCGCCGCGACGUGUUGCUGCAACAUGUCGCCUUGUGUGUUCCGACCUUCAGAGGCCGAAGCCGCUAGAAAAAACGCUUGACCGAAACCAGAAAUCGCGCAUGAAGAGUCUCUGGCACCCAGGGUAUUAAUAACGAGUUAAAUAUUUUCUAAUUCAGAUGAAGCAAUAACUAAUACUUUUCCUUUACCUACAGGCGUGUAGUGGAGAUGCCACAGAUAAUUUUCCAUCCCGCAACACAAGCGAAACAACUCUGGCCAUAUCUGAUGACUUGAUGGAAUCAGUUCUUUCAGAGUCCGUGAUUAUUGAUUCAGCCGAUGUUGUUCCUAGUGUCGCGGUCCAGCCGCACACUCUACAACAGGAAUUUGCGCUUAUAAAUGUCAACAUUCCUAACGUCAUUGUUGAGCAGGUAAAUGCUUUCUUCUUCUCUCUCACUGUCUAUUUAGGGUUUUAAAGUAAUUGCCAGACCUAUCAACGCCUGAGAAAACAGCUGAUAUCUGGCGAGGCCACCACUGGUUUCCCCGCGAAAUGACGUCUGACGAAUGAGCGCAGAAAUUCCAUUCUGAUGACGCGUCACUACCCAGAUCUGGGUGGUGCUUCUGAUUGGUCGUGCCACGAGGGAAAUUUGCUUUAACCAAUCAGAAGUACUACUUAGAUCUUGGUAGUGACGCUUCAUCAGUAUGGGAUUUCUGCGCUCUUUGCUCUGACAUCAUUUCGCGGGGAAACUAGUGGUGGCGCCGCGUGUGAGUGUCGAUUGUAUACCCUUCAAAAGAGCUUUUACAAAAUAUAAUAUCCUGAAAGUUUGUGGCUUGCGCUGGUAGACAUCUUUCCCGCCUUAGUUUUUUUCCGCGAAGAAAGGACUCUUUUAUGAUGGGAGAAAAAUGGCGUCUUCUCGUUCAGGGUUGGUUAAUGGAAGACAGAGCACUUUAUUUGAAUGUCAAUGUAUUUAGAAAGAAAGUGCUAAGUAAGGACAUUAUUUUUACGCGGGGCCGCCACUUUAAGAACCACGCAAAGGUCUAUCCGUUUGCAAGGCAAAGAAAGUACCUUCAUUUCUGAGUUAUUUUAAGACCCCGAGUAUUGGUCCGGCACUGAGAAUCGAACCCACGACACCAGGCUCUGCAGUCAAGCGCCUUACGGACUGAUCUAAUCCUGCCGCGUCUUACUGUUAUCAACUGAAUUAAGUUAAUAAGUCGUAUUUACCGUAGUCAAAGGAUUCACGAGUUGGCGUUUUGAGUACUAGCCCUUCGUGAGAGCAAAUCAAAACUAGAGCUAGUUUGUUUUGUAAGUUCAAAGAGAAAGGAACCGAGGAUUGAUUUAACAAUUGAACGUUGACUGUAACGUAUUUACUAUUGUAAUAUAUUCUCACCCGGGAACACCCGGACAUAAAGCCAAAUGAGCCUAAAUGCAUUAGAUAUGGGAGAAUCAGCCCGAGGCUUUGCGAGCCGGUGAACCAGGAGAGAAUACGAGGUAUGUCCAUCGCUGCGGGGAGAAGGGUGGGGCGAGAACUGCUACAGAGGGUGGCGAGACAUAAACUUUCAUAGAACUGGCUGAAUAAUCAAGCAGGCUGCUCUUUAAACUGAGGAACAAGGUCUGCGGGUAUGCCGUGUAUUCUCCCGGGCCACGCUGAAAAUGUUUGCGUUGAAGCAAAUUUAAGCUCUUGUGCGUGUUUUCCCCAGUGAGAAUAGUGCUUUGUUUCCAGAUGGAUGCGGGCCACAGGAGCUGUACCGUGUGUGCUACUAAUGGACCCAAUGUUGUGUCCCUGGUUAUUACGUUCCCUGCUCAGUAUCCCAACCAGGCCAUCCCCUCGUUUGAGUUCACAUCAGACACCUCCAUUGACAAGAAUACAAAGAUCAAACUCAUGAAGGUAAGAUUGAGUGAAAACCUAGCGUUGAAUUAAUUUCUAAAUUGCAUCCAGGGGAAAUUUGUCUCACUCGUUUUCCUUUCUUUGUGUCAGACUUUACGUGAAACAGCUCAAACACAUGUGAAGUUGAACCAGACGUGUCUUGAGCCCUGCCUUAGGCAGUUAGUCAGCCAUCUUGAAGAACUGACGGUGAGUAAGAACUUGUUCUCAAUUUUUGAUGGCUGAUGUUUUUAACGGCCAAUUGUCCCUUCCACAAGAGUGAACGAUUAAUAGAGGUGCUAUCGCUUAUAAGUCGAUCUGUUUUAAGGGAUUUAUUGACAAUUUUGUGCCUCGGAACGCUGGUAACUAGCCGCUAUGUAGCCGGAGGGUGGCCGCUUAAUAGCUCGAUGUUUUGUUGAAUUGCCCUAUGGGGGAUGGGGCUGUUUUGGGGCACUUAUUUUGACCCCAGUCUUGUGCGCAACUUUGUAAUAGCCAAUGAAAAAAGUCAAAGCGUCCUCAAAUCAGUCCCAUAGUGCGUUGCGACUCAACAUUGACCUAGUCUGGCGCCCAACUUCAAAUACCGUAAACUUAAGUUAAAAAAGCGAAUGAAUUCUAAACGUAUUUUAAUCAGCACUGCUAUGUUGCUUGUUUUGAAAUGCUUUUUUAGUCUGGUUAUAAGCUCUCCUAACUGGCUCUUUACCAAGUUGUUUAACCGUUUAAGCCCCGAUAUCCACGUAUAAAUUCUCCAUACUGACCUUCAUACAUUUCCUUAAAAAAAAAUUUUUGAGAGAGUUUGAUAACAGAUCAAAGCAUUUUUUCCUUUGGUGAUCAUUUUAUUAACUCUCACAAUCAUUUCUCUUGGCAACAUAUGGAUAUUUUUAGGAGAAAAUUGAUGUUGGUCACUAUCGAGACUUAAAUGGUUAAGCUAAGGGCUUGUAGGGGGAAAUUUACGGUAGCCGAUAACAGAUCGCUCACUAGAGGUUCAACUGUGCUCUCUCAUCCACUCAGCAACAAGAUGAUUUACCAAUGGAGCAGUACACCUCAACUAUGCCUCAGCUUCACGGCAGACUCGAUCCAGUCUCCUACGGUAGUUACCUUGAUGCAGCUAUUCCAUUCCCUCGCACUUCUGGCGCGAAAUUCUGUGCUUGUGGUGAGUGGUGAUAGAGCAAUUUUCGUAUAACUUUGAAAAAUUGCUCCGGUAAGUGUUAUUUGUUUUAUCAGCCGAUGGAUGAAAAGAUCAAAACAUGGCCUCUUCGUUUUCCCGCCAAAGAAAACCCUAAUAUGGAGAAGGCAUUGUUCGAUUGGCCAAUCGUUGUUGCAGUAUGACGUCAAAGCGAAAAGCCACGCUCGUUUGAAUCCGUUCGAUAAACCAAUCAAAUCGCUCUAUUUCCGUUCGUUUGUUGUUUCUGCUUUAUUCGCGCGUUUUCAUUUCAAGGUCAUGCGAAAAUCGCUCUGACACAGCAUUAUAACUCUUUCUCUGUCACCAUUGAUAUGUUAAACUGUUAACCGGUCGUUUCAAUACAAAGUCGCACAAGUCGUUUUGGUACGACCUCAGGCACUUAAAUUUCACAAAAAAUUUCGAUCACUUGAAGUAUAGUUUGCACGUGAACAAGAAAAGCAUUUUGGGUGGAUAUUUUCGCCCUAUAAUCCAAGUUCGUGAAACUAUUUACAACGAAUGAACUUGUAUCGAAAGCCGUUAGACUGCUAGCAGUCCCUUUGGAUUGUCCAGGGUUCGUACAAAGUCUUGAAUUCUUCAAAAAGUCUUGAAUUUUGCCCAGCAGUUUUCAAGACCUGGAGAAAGUGUGGAAAAUGAUAUAAAGUCCGCAGAAGUGAUAAAAACUCUUGAGUUUCUUUUUUCAAAACUACAACAAGUGCUUUAUAAGUGAAGUUUUUUCGUUUUGUUCAAAUCUUAUUCAAUCUCUUGUUUAGGAAAAAAGUCUGGAAAAAGUCUUAAAUUUUGGAUCCAAAGAUCUGUACGAACCCUGAUUGUCGUGCGGGUGAGCAUGUUAGGUGCUCGCGAACGAGGCGUGCCAGGCGUCGACUUGAUGGACUGAAAAGGGACUGCUUACUUGCUGUCUUCUUCUUUGUUGGUGCAUGGCAGAAAAAAGAGAGACUUAACUAUGGUACUAAUAAGCAUAAAGCAAUACAUUCUGAAAAUCUUAGAAGUCCGUCAUGUUUGUGAAUUAGUGUUGUAAUUAAAAUGCACUCGAAUUAAGUAAUUUAGCUUUUAAGUUUGUUAUUGGCAUGCGGCCGGUGUGACUGUCCCAAGUCACGGGCCACUUUCCUAACGAAUACGAAGUAGAGCGGACUGGAAACCAAGGAAAAGGUCAUGCUGGGAUCAAAUAAUCAGCCAAUCACAACAUACGCACACAGUGGAAUAAACCAAUCAGAUCGAGGUAAACAUAUGCAGCUAGCGAAAAGCGCGGGAAAUCUGCUUGCCUUAUGACGGGCAAUAGUUUUACAUAUGAUUGGUUGAGAGUUUCCGCCAAUCGCAAAGCACAACAGAGCAAACCCAAGCAAUCGCGAAAUCCUAUUUCAGAAUUACUGCAAAACCACUCUUUUUUCGCUUUCUUGCUUUCGAAUUUUGAUCACUCUUACUCUCUGUGUUAACAUAUUCCCGACUAAGAGGUAGUGAAUGGUCUUUGCAUUUGAAUACGGCGCUUUUCUUUUUCUGUCGGUAUUUGAACAUUCAGGAUGGAAAUUGUCUGUCGAGCAGUGAGCGCUUCGGAGAAAAAAAUUGGCGAUCAGGGAACACUGUGAUUUAGCAACUUGAUUCUCGGCUGUGUGUUGUCAAAAGCCUUUCACAAGAAUAAGAUCACAUUGCAAACACGAGCCAAUGAGAAUUGCACGCUUGAUUUUUCAAGCAUUCGAGUUUCCAGUCAAGUUUCGUGAAUACUACUGAAAUAUUUCAGAGAAAACUUUGAAACAGUCUCCAGACUGAUUCAUUUGUUGUCUCGUUUCUUAGGAUUACUGGUUUGUUUCAAUUUACCUGGAAAAUACACUGGUCGAGUAGGGACUGGCGGAGAACCAACGCCAAGGUAGGCUUCGCACUGACCGCGGUCAAGCAAGAAAAAUCGAGAAAGUCAGGUUUAUCACUUUCAGUGGUCAAAAUCCCACGAAAUUGAAAGCACUUGUCGUAGACACUUGUUCCGCAAGUUGUAUCUAUGGUCAAGUACUGAUACGGUAAAGUUUCGAAAGUAACAACUCUCGUUACCUACGGAUUUAGCAGCCUUCUCCCAUCGUUACUUUCCAGUAGCUAAAACGUGUGCCCUAUUGUUUGAAUAGGAAUGUCAAAGAUCAUUAUAAUAAGGGAAAUGACUUUUGAGGUCGCAUCUUUCGUAGGGUCGUUUUUUUCCGGGGGAUGGCUACUUUUCACAGCUGUGAAUUUUAUCGCUUCUUUCGAAGGGUCGCUAUUUCGUAGGGUCGUUACUUUUGGAAUACACUGCGAGACAAGCCACGCGAACGACUUCGUAAACGCUAAAAGCAACGCAAGAGAGAAACCUCUGCUCGCAGGGUACUCGGAUCAGUUUGGUAUCGCUUGUUAUUUCUAUCAUUUCCCUUAGUUCUUGCAAGAAUAGAAAUUACAUACUUUUGAGGUGGCUUCUUUUGUAGGGGCUGUUGUUUUGGUGGGGGAUGGCUACCUUUCGGGAUUUGGUAACACCUGUGAAAUUUUAUCGCUACUUUUGGGGGGUCUUUACUUUUGGAACUUUACGGUAUAUUCGCCAGUUUAGAAAGAGAGGAAACUGGGCCGAGUUCACUUUCGCAAAGACUUCUGGGACUGUUACUAGGGACAGGGAGAAAAAUUGGCCAAUAGCUGACUAGCGCGUCCCCAGUAACCAUCUCAGAAACAAUAGCUAUUGCGGGACGCAUUUCGGCUCCAUUUCCCUUCUCGUUUCUAAAGUGGUAAAUUGUCAUAGUGUUUUGGAAUUUGUUUGAAGACGGUCUGUUUAUUUACUCAUUGGGAGCUUUCCAUUCAACCAAAAUGUCGGCUUUGAUUUUUCGACAACUUCCAGUAGCGAAUGGAGCAGCAUUUUCCAAAAUUGCCAUUAAGGAGGUCAACGUCGCGAGGUAUACCCAAAUUUUCGAAAAAUUUUUUCCCGGAAGUUUUAUUUCCAUUCCACUUUGUUCCUGGAAUUUCUAGAAUUUUCGGUUGAAUGGUCGGCAUUUCGGAAAUUCAACAGUGAAAUUCUGGGAUAUUUUUUUACCAUUCGCCGCUGUUUCCAAUUUUUUGAAAGUUUUGGUUAAAUGGAAAACGCCCAUUCAGUUUCUUGGCGUACCCCUUAUUGUUAUUUGCUGUUGUCGCCAGGUCUCUAUCGGCGUUUUCGGCGUACAGUUCUCGCCCCAGUAGCGGACCAGCCCUUCCCCCUCUCAUCAACAGCUCCCUUCAGAAAUCUCAUCACCGACAUACAUUCAGUUCAUUUGGUCAGCAGUCAACUGCAAGGGCCAUGUUCUAUAGGACACUUAGUCAGGUUUGUGUGUGAAGUAUUGUUUUGAUUCGUCUCUGUUAUCUACAGAGGAAAGAACUUUUUCAGGAAUGUAAUGUAGAGUUAAGUCCAUGUGAUGCUAACUGAUCUCAGUAACAACAAAAAGGAGACGAAGCGUAAUGGAGUGAGCCGUUUAUAGAACAAUUCCUUUUACUGUAUACUUCCUUAAACAGUUGGGAAUAUUACACGACUUUCUCGGAAAUUUCUGUAAUUUAGACUGGCUGAUGACAGCUGUAUUCUUUUUUUUUUUCAGCAAGAGGAUUUACAAGAGAUGCAAAAGUACGGUGGAGUGCCCUCACGAAAAAGUGAUGUUGGUCUUGUUGUGAUUCGUGACGUAAGCGCCAUGAUGCCCAUACAUCAGUCACUAGGCCAGGCCUACACGUGAGUAUUAUAUACCACAAUCUUGAUAUCAGGAUGCUUUAUUGCCUAGUCCCUGUACGGCGCUUACUAAGGCUUUCUCAGUCAAUUCACUUUGGUGACGUAUCCGAGGCGAACAGGCGGGAAACGGCCUCACUUCGUCGCUUGGACCACGUGACCCGAAACGCAUUGGCGUGGCAAGGUGCCUUAUUGAACAUUUUGAGUUUCGGCUGAAGACUGGGUAGGUGUUUUGUCGAAUUGCACUAUGGGAAUGUUUUAGAGACGCCAUCGCUUCUUCCAUUGGCUAUUACAAAGCUGCGCAGGAAUCUGGAUCAAAAUCCGUUCCCCAAAACUGUCACAUAGCGCAAUUGGACAUAACAUCGACCCAAUCUUAAAUGCGACGACCUUAAAUAGCCUAUGAGACAUUUCAACAGAGGAUUCUAUGAAAUGUGCCUUCUAAACUUGUUUUCGGUGCGGGUAUUGCUGGGGUUGAUUUGGGUGAGAAAGGAUGUCUGUUUGUUUUAAUUUUAUAGUAAGAAACCAGCCACACAACAAGAUAAAGCGGUUAAACAGCGUUCACUGGCUUGGCUUUGGGGGCUAGGUUGGGCGAUGGCUUAAUGUCCCAUCCCCGUAAAAAAGUCUGAUUAUUACUUAAACCACUAGACGAAAGUAUCACACAAAUAGCUGGGUUUUUUUUAAUAUCAUUAAUAAUAAACUAAUUUUUCCCAAGGCUUGAGGGAAAUGACAUAAGUGACAUUUGCAAGAAGAACCUGUCAGCUGCCAUGACAACGGGGCGCAAAGAUUUGGUGCAAACAUGGUCUCUGAUGAGCCUCAUUCUCGACAAGAAACUUGCGCCCUCUGAUGACUCAAUGGACGAGUCGCCCUGGGCACUACAUCCCUUUGGAAAGAAGAUGGUUACUUCACUGUAAGUAGAUCACAUUCGUACGUUCUAAUUCGCUUCGCUCAAAGCUGGUGGAAUUGUUUGUACGCGUGCGAUGCACGAGAGAAAAAACCUCUAGUAUCCAGGGAAUCCCGCUGGCUACGCAGGCUACUCAAAACCACAAAAAAAAAACAAACAAACAAAAACACCACUGGCCAUUCAUCGCCAUCAGAAACCCCGCUAGUAUUUUCUUGAGCCGUGUCUCCGAAAUUAGGCAUCUUCAAAGAGACUGUACACGAUACGAAACUGAAAUAAUAAUUUAGAAGCUCGAAAGGGCGGGGUUGCACGCGAGAGCGAGAGAGAAAGAGAACAAACUCUAACAGCAUCUUUAAUAGGCAAAACCAACCAAUCGGAAGCGACUACAAGCGCACCGCGAAACUAAGGUGCAAACUGGAAUAAAGAAUUCGAGGCUAAAAUUCCAGUGGAAAAUAUAUAAAAACGCACCCGCGUUUUUGCUGGAUUAAGGAGAUUUUCAUGUGACUUUCAUCAGAUAACUGAAACAACUAAAGAAUCACACCAAUAAUAUUGAGUUCUAGACUAUUGGAGAUUGUCUAUAAGCACUCGCGAGGAACGAGGGACUAGCCGAAACAUGUAAGCAUCGUGGGACGAUGGUUGACAAUUAAUCACGUCGCUGCUGCUUGAACAUACGGUUAUUUGAUGGUAUUCUUUUAAAAACAUAAGAAUUAAUAAACUAAUGAUCGAUUUUUGAAAAACAUUAAAAUAUUUUGUUCGGGUUAUGGGUUGAGUGGGAGGGGGGUGGGGGGGGGGGGGGGGGGGGGGUUAGGGCGACGACGCUAGUGUAUUUGUCACGAAUCAAGUCCAAAUAUUUGCAGUAGUCAUCCUGGGAAAACAGUUUGAUGGCCAUAAUAAAAACAACUACUGCUUGUACCAGUUGUACUCUAGAGACUCCCUACUUCUUUCUAUCAAGACUCUUCUUGGCAAGAAGUAUAGAACAUCAUUGCGUGGGAAGACCCUGAAGGCAGCUGAACUUGAUCAAUUUUUGACAACUUUUGUUUCAGUCAAUAACAAGCUGCUUUAUCAGAGACAGACUCCUUUAAGCAUUCUCUUCAAACAAACAACAUUUUUGGCAAGGGCUAAAAUCCUAAUAUAGCCCUGACUGGACCUAUUUUCAACAAAACACGUACUUUGAUAAAUUCCUGCGGCCAGUAUUACAUUCUGAAAACGAUGCCAUUCUGAGACAAACAAAUUCUUGGCAGGAACCCAAAGCCAAACACGGAAACAAUAUUUUUGAUCUUGUAGUAUGUGGUCAUGUUUAUCUCAUUUCCUCGAUUGGACACCGGAUCCCGACUAAUGAACAAUUUUGGUCAGCCCCUCCACCGGUUUUUGUUUUUAUUGUUUAAUUUCAACUAGAGCGGUAAAGAUUCAUCGGCACUGGCUCUGUAAUCAGUUAACUUGCGUGAGUUUGGUAAUAUGUCUGAAACGUGGGCGGAUAUAACUCCUGGAGCACGCAAAUAUAUAGACGUUUGUAUGGUGCGGUGGGGGCGUGAUCUCGUCCCCGCCUCUUUACCAAACGUCUAUUAAGUUUCGUGUUAUUGCGGAGCGACAUUGUCGUUAUUUUUCGACCAAUUUCUCUCAGACUUGGCAAGGUUACUGCCUCGUAAGGCGUUACUUUCCAGCGGUGUUCGUGGAGUUUCGCUGCCUGAUUCAUGUGGAAAGUUGAAACAAAAGCAAUUUCUAUUCCACAUAGUUUACAUACAACGGUAAUUACACCCUCCGUUCAUUAAUUACAGGUAUAAGAAAUCGGAAAAAACCCUUGUUCUAAAGCAACAUAUAUUUUUGGAAUGAAAAGCUAUAGGUGUAAUGAAAAAGAAAACAGAAACUAACUAAAUAGCCGAAAUAAGUAACUAAUUGGAUGUGCCAACAUAACCAUUCUCUACUUUCGAAUCCCAUAUAAUACACUCUGUUUGCCCCCGAAACUGUUGUUUUCAAACCUUCCAGGGAGUUCUGCAUAUUCCCAAAAGUAUAUGAAAACAAUAAGUUAUUCAGAUGGGGGGGAGGGGGUGGGGGGACAAACAAAGUGUAUUAUAGGGGAUGCGAAAGUAGUCAAUUCACAUCCUCUAGCGUUGGAAAUUGAAAAUGAUGUCAAUUUUUUGAAGAGGUGUUUUUGGUCGCGGGGGCAUAUUGAAUCGCGUUGUAAGGGAGAAUUCAGGUCACUGAAGUCGCUAAAGAUCACUUGUCUACUCUCUCAAAGACAAGAUAUGGUCAUGAUGAGACUUUUUUCCCUUUUAGAAAAGAGCCUAAACAUAUCUUUUUACCCAGAUUUGCCGCGUUGUUUAGCACACUAAAGGCUAAAGGCUUUAGCCUUGAACCCAUUACCCCUUUUUAGUCUCCUCUGCUCUGUGAAUCUGGCAGUAAAAAACCGCUUUUUAUCAAGAGUUUUUUUAAACAUUUCUUUGUCUUUUAUGUCCUGUGUAUGUAUCUGUAGGUGUUUUAAGGGGCUGUUACGCCUAGUCUCCGUUGACUAUAUUCCCCUUAAGAUGAACUUAACUUCUUUCGUUCAUUCAGUUUCAUCUAUUCAUUAAUCCCGAGAUUCUCAAUAUUUUUCUCAGUGUUUUCCGAGGGGAUAUUCAUUAAAGGGUAUGUUAUUUAGUCCUCGCGAAGAACAACGUCUACAAUACAGUUCAAUUUUAAUACAAUAACUCUUAGCGAGCGGUCCAAAUUUGGGGCUAACAGUUUACGUUUAGCCUCUGACCUCAUAUAUUUUGCAGUAUUACCCUCUCUCAGACUUCUGGCGGGAAACAGUUUUGUUGUUAGAUGUCAUGUGACGGAUUCUUACCUCAAUGAACCUAAUGAGAGAGCGCAUUUGGUAUUAACAAAAUUAUUUAUUUAUCUCCAGCAUGGAUUAUUACUUAAGCAUCCGGGACAUACAGACUCUAGGGAUGCUCUCAUGCGUUUUGGCUCAUCACUCACUCCCAGACUCCUUCAAGCCGCCGAAAAGUAUCUUCAAGCCGGAUAUUAUUCCCUUGAGCAAGUCCUUUACGUUUGGUUCUUCACCAUCAUACAGUGACCCACCAUCACAGGUAAACAAUGUCAUAGCCGUUUCUCAUUCAUAGAGCGGUUUUCAAUUUCGGUGAGUGGACUAAAACGUGCCUGAAGCCGAGGAGUUUAGCCAAAACCCCGUUUUAAGCCAUUUUCAGUUCGGCGAACGCUUUUAUGUAAACACUACUUACCGUGAACAGUUUCAUUAAAGUAUAUAAAGUGGACUAGAAAAGCAUUUGCCUUCUUAAAAUAAUCCACUAAGGAAGAAAUCUGAAGGUUCCAAGAUUUCCUAAACCUCGGUCUAAGUUAGACUUCGUUUAAAUAACCGACCCACUGUUUUUUUCGACGUUCUCGUUGCCGUCGCGUCGUUGAAUCAUAAGGUCCCUAAUUCGACCCUAAUGUGUCCUCUGAUUGUUUGCUCUCUUAUUGUUACUUGCAGUCUUUCAAGCGCCCCAAGUCACUUAGUAACGUCACGGACCAUGCCGGACACGAAUCCCCGUCAAGUGAAUGGAGCGAAGUUACGUUCCCUCCGCUGAGUGGUGGAUGGUCCCCACCAGUGUUUAUCCGCACAAAGGAUCCUCGGGAAGAACAGCGAAAACAAUACGAAAAGGACUGUCGGUAAGUAAGACAAGAACGACAACGAGAAAGAGAUUUUUUCAAUACUAAGUAGUGUGCACUCGUGAACCAGCGUCAUUUUGGCGGGAAAACGGUAUAGCCGUCGUCAUUACGCUACGGGUUUUUAUACGGAAAGGAGUUUUCAAAUGUCAGAAGCUUUCUCAUUUCGCGAUCGUCAGGGGGCUUAACCUCCUUCAAAAAAAAUAACCGUGUUAUCUUUCUGGUGAAGAAUGUAAGAUGUUGCCUGCGUAGCAGGCACCGGACACGAAUCCCCGUCAAGUGAAUGGAGCGAAGUUACGUUCCCUCCGCUGAGUGGUGGAUGGUCCCCACCAGUGUUUAUCCGCACAAAGGAUCCUCGGGAAGAACAGCGAAAACAAUAUGAAAAGGACUGUCGGUAAGUAAGACGAGAAAGACUACGAGAAAGAGAUUUUUUCAAUACUAAGUAGUGUGCACUCGUGAACCAGCGUCAUUUUUGCGGGAAAACGGUAUAGCCGUCUCCAUUACGUUACGGGUUUUUAUAGGGAAAGGAGUUAUCAAAUGUCCGAAGUUUUAUCAUUUCGCGAUCGUCAGGGGGCUUAACCUCCUUCAAAAAAAUAACCGUGUUAUCUUUCUGGUGAAGAAUGUAAGAUGUUAGCCUGCGUGGCAAGCGCUUGGAAGUAGUGGGCGAAAGAGAGAACGGGGGCGCGCGAGGGAGACACGUGAGUGGCGUGUCUCCUUCUCGCGCGCCCUUUUUUUUUGUGCCCACUAUUUCCAAGCGCCUGCUACGCAGGCUAGUAAAAUGAAACUUUUCGGGGUCUUUGUUUUUUCCGAAUACGCGAAAAAAACUUUCAGCCACAUCUCGUCCUCGAAUCCAAAGGUCUCUAAUACCUUUGACAAUUAAACCAAUUUUUUCGUUUAUUUGUGUCUUUACGUCGGUUCUUUUCCAGAUUUGUUGAUGCUUCGAAGCUUCGAUUGCAUGAUCAUUACAUAAAGCAGUACGCUGAUGUGCUGUACCGCUGGAAUCUACUGGGCAAAAGAGCUGAAGUCAUCAAGUUCCUUAGUGAGGCGCAACAACCACACAGCGGUGUUGGUGAGUCAGGUCCUUGGUAUUAUAAAUAAUAAAAGGUCUCAUUUGACCAUGAAAACAAGCUUUGUUUUCCUCAAAUUCUUUCAUAAGUCGCUCGAGUUUUCUAGUUUCGGGCUUAAAGGAGCUGUGUCACGGCAGUCCAGUUCAUUUUGUUUAAUUUUACCAUUUACUCGUCCUCAAUCGCUAUGGAACUUAAAGUAAGCAAAGAACUUACAGGUAAAUGACAAAAUCAGAGAUCCAAGACAAACAAAUAUGUCUCCUGAGCAUUAUUUCUGAAGUUGCAAGCAGCAGGAAUCAACUUUGAAAAGCUGUUAGGCUGAACAGUUUUCAAAAACUCUAAUUUCAAUCCGUUUCAAUCUUCGUCAAUUUUGCCCAUCCGUGGCAUCUGUUGUUUCUGUUAUGUUAUUUUGACCUUCCUUUAAAGUUUUAAGCGGUUAUUUUUAUGUUCCUCUUUAUUUAACGGGCAUUUGGUAAUUUCCUAAUUUGGCUGAAUUUCGUGACACAGCACUUUUAAAUACUUAACUUGUUGCAUAACUAAACCCAACAAACAAAGGCAACAUAAUUGAGAAAGUGGACCUCGUAAAAGAAUGGCAAUGGAUGGCCCUUGGGAACAAACACACAAACCAAAGCGACUGCGACAAAACUGUUUUUGACGCUCUCUAUCACUCACUGAUAUCAGUGAUAUCUCUAGAGUCAGACGUUUUGUUGUUUUGUGUUAGAAUUCAGCACCAAAUGUCACAGUUGUUCACAGAAGCUGCGAGGAGCUCAGUGUUGGUCUUGUAAAGCCAUGGGACUACAGUGCGUUAUAUGUCACGUUGCUGUCAGAGGUAAGAAUCAUCUUGAAAGUGGCCGGUCAACCGAACCCCCCCUCCCCCUCCUUAUUGAAGGCCUCUUUUAGGAAGGCUUCUGGUGGCAUUUUGUGCCAAGAAGUCACUUUCUUGUGUUUAUCCGAAAAAAUUAACCAUGUUUACAUACGAGAGGCUCAGAGAAAAUAUUAAAUGAUGACUAUGUGAAUUUCACAGGUAUUUGAACCGCGGAAUAAAGAAAUAAAUGUAAAUAAGGUCAUGCAAAAAGAUAGCGUGAAAAAUUUCAGGCUUUCUAGGAUUUCAACCCUGAUCUCUGCGAUACCGCGCCGGUGCAGCGGCCUAGCCAGUUGAGCUAACAAGCCAACUGGGUGCUGGCUUUCUUUUCGCAACUGCAUAAGUUGCGUCUUUAACCGCCAAUAUUGUUUUUUUUUUUGUUUAUUAUGUGUUUGAUAUUUUUCAGGAGCCAGUAACUUCUGUGUCGCAUGCGGCCAUGGAGGACAUACUUAUCAUCUGAAGACAUGGUUCGAAUCAAUGGACGUGUGCCCCUCUGGGUGCGGCUGUAGGUGCUUAGAAGUUGGCACGUUUAUUGUAGACUGACCACAGCCCCACAUGUUAGUGUGCCAGAGAACGAAAUAAGGAAUGAAGAAAAGAGUGGAACAAUAUUCGUGCCAAGGGAGUACCGUAAACCCCUUGAUGAUACUGAAAACAAUUUGCUGUCAUUCCUACUGAGGGCUACAGCCUAAAGCGGACCUAGAAAAGCUGGAACAGUAUGGUUUUCUAUGCGCCAUUUAGAGCGUGUUUGGGCUGACAGAUCAGGCGCUAUUUAAUACCAUGGUGCACUGUGAAUCGUCGUCAGCUUUGCCCUGACUACUGUGGCUCCAGAGGUCCGUUUAUACAGAAAAUGAAAACCAGUUGUGACUUUCUCGAUCGUCUUCAUGACGUACAGUAGUUAUCUUGGUACUGUAUUUACCACAAUCAAGUAAAAGGUCUGCAAAAGCUUUUAAUGACAGAAACAGUGGAGUUAAACGGAAUUAUGAUUCUGAUGAGUAUUGCCAUGGAGAUUAAGACAAAGAACGUGUCGGUUUGAGUUCAGACAGACAUCCUCUAAUGAUACCUCCGCCGCCACAAGCGAGAGCUGUUAUGAACAGCAAGAUACAUUGCGUACAUUUCUAUGUCACGGUGACAAUUGUUUAACCUAAGCCCGGUUCAAACGUUGUGACAUGAUAACCUAACAUUAACAAAGUUCGACAAUAGAGUGACUUUUGGAGAGAGGAUUUUUUUUAUAAAGCGUAUUUGGUCGACCCAAUCUGGCAGCUAGAUUUGUCUGAACGACAAAUGAAAUCAGCCUGACAAGUAAAGCAGGUUCUCAGGAUCAUUUUACUGUUUUUAAAUUUUUAAAAUUUGGUACAGUCAGGUGUUCUCUGUUAACCUAGUUGAAUUGUCCUGGCAGUCGCUAAAAAAAUGAGUAGAGAGAACUGAUUGACCUUGGCCACAUAAGAAAAUUGUAAAAAUAAACA